CGUUAGCUUAACAUGGCGCCGUUUUCGAAUCUCAAGUGUCGUGUCACUGUUUCUUCAUGUUUCCAUGAUAAGCUCUAACCGAGUUUUUAGACAUUUAGAGCCAUGAGAAGAUCUCUUGCUCCGAGCCAAAUUCUCAAAAGGAAACAAGGGUUUUUAGAUGACGAAGAAAUUGGGAACAAACGUAAACAGAAGUUCAAGCCUGGAUCAUUCAAGGCAGAUGAUAACCCUGAUGUUGACAGAAGAGUGCUUGCUCCACUUUCCACUCAAGCAAACCAUUCCUCAAACAGUGUUUCAGCUCAUGAAGAUUUAAUACGCAAGAUUCUUGCUAAGCCUUUCAAGGUCCCAAUACCAAACUACCAAGGAUGCACCUUCUCAAGAGGGCUUGGUAUCAAAAGGAAAGGACCUCGUACAGCUCUUCAUGAUCCUUUUGAAGAUGAUGCUCUUGUACUCUACUCUCCUCCUCAACUUACAGCUCAUGAAAAGCUCACAGCAGACCGAGAGCUCCAGGAAGUGCAUGUUGUUGUUGAUCCACUGCUGGGUAAAAUUCUUCGUCCCCAUCAGAGAGAGGGUGUCAAGUUUUUGUAUGACUGUGUAACUGGCCAAAGGAUUCAAGGCAGCAAUGGAUGUAUAAUGGCAGAUGAAAUGGGGUUAGGAAAAACGUUGCAAUGUAUCACUCUGAUUUGGACUCUGGUGAAACAAGGGCCGGAAGGUCAGCCAAUAGCCAGCAAAGUGGUAAUUGUUGCACCAUCAAGUCUUGUGAAGAACUGGUAUAAUGAACUUCACAAGUGGCUUGGUGGUAGAAUUUCUGCAUUGGCUAUAGACUCUGGAACCAAAGAUCAAAUUGAUAAAAACCUUGGAAUGUUUAUGUCUCAGCAAGGGAAGCGUACAGCUAACCCUGUGUUAAUCAUUUCAUAUGAAACUUUUCGACUUCAUGCCUCUGUGUUACAGUCUGGACCUGUAGGAUUAGUCAUCUGUGAUGAGGGACAUAGACUAAAGAACUUAGAGAGCCAGACAUAUCAGGCUCUUGAUAAAUUAAAGACAACACGAAGGGUGCUUUUAUCAGGUACCCCAAUUCAGAAUGACUUAUUGGAAUAUUUCAGUCUUGUUCAUUUUGUAAAUAGUGGAAUUUUAGGCACAGUAUCAGAAUUUAAGAGAAAAUUUGAGAAUCCUAUUCUGAGAGGGAGAGAUGCUGAUGCUUCUGAUGCAGAUCACAAGAAAGGAGCAGAAAAACUGGCAGAGCUUGCAUCUUUGGUAAACAAGUGCAUCAUCAGAAGAACUGCUUCAAUACUGUCCAAAUACCUGCCAGUUAAAGUUGAACAGGUUGUGUGUUGCCGCAUGACUCCUUUGCAGACAGAACUUUACAAACAUCUUAUUCAGUCAAAAGUGUUGAGAAUGGAGCUGACAAAAGCAAAGUCUGCAUCUGGAAUGUCUGCAUCAUCCCUAGCUUUUAUUACACAACUAAAAAAAUUGACCAAUCAUCCUGAAUUAAUCUAUGACAAGGCACAAAUGGGAGAAGAUGGCUUUGAAGGAAUACUGGACUUGUUUCCCAAAAGCUUCAGCCUCAAGCAGGUGCAGCCAGAACUCUCUGGAAAAAUGCAAGUAUUAGAUUACAUUUUAGCCAUGACAAAAUCUACCACUACAGACAAGGUUGUAUUGGUUUCUAAUUAUACUCAAACCCUGGACUUGUUUGAGAAACUUUGUAGACAAAGAAGGUACCAGUAUGUUCGUCUUGAUGGUACCAUGUCUAUCAAAAAGCGGCAAAAGAUUGUUGACCGCUUUAAUGAUCCUCAUAGUGGUGACUUUGUAUUCAUGCUAAGUAGUAAAGCUGGUGGGUGUGGCUUGAAUCUGAUUGGUGCUAACAGACUUGUAAUGUUUGAUCCUGACUGGAAUCCUGCUAAUGAUGAUCAGGCAAUGGCUCGUGUAUGGAGAGAUGGACAGAAGAAAAAGGUCUUCAUAUACAGACUGUUAUCGACAGGUACAAUCGAGGAAAAGAUUUUCCAGCGACAAGCCCACAAAAAAGCACUUAGCAGUUGUGUCGUGGAUGAAGAAGAAGAUGUAGAAAGGCACUUCUCAGUGGGGGAGUUGAAGGACUUAUUUCGUUUGAAUGAGGAUACUCUUAGUGAUACACAUGACAAAUUCAAGUGUCGUAGAUGUGUAAACAACAUUCAGGUUACCUUACCCCCUGAGGGUACUGACUGCAGUGCAGAUCUGUCACAGUGGAAUCACUGUGCAGAUCGCAAGGGACUGGAUGAUGUCAUGUUGAAAGGAGCUUGGUCAAGUGGUGUAACAUUUGUAUUUCACCAGAAAUCACAUGAAAAACAACUUGGUCUUUAACUGGUGGAUUAGCACAAUUUUAAUAAUGAAAUUGGAUUUGAAAGUCACUGGACAUGAUCAGACCUCCAUGGCAAAGUUCUAGUAACUUAUCUGAAGCCUUGUUUUAAAAUCAAAAUUUAAAAAUUAAAGAAGCAUGUUCUGGUGCCCUAACCAGUCCAAUUUGUUCCUUCAGCUGAUAGUUUUACUAUAAUUUAAUUUCGAAACUUUUUAAACCCCCAUCUUGAAUAAAGAUAGGACAUCUUUACAGGCUUGUUUAGUUACCGAGACUUUAUAGAAAAGGUCCUCUGGUACCCAACAGUAUUUGCCAUGAUUCAACCAAAAUCAUCAUUCAACCACAUGUCUCAGUAAAUUUUUCACAAGAGGCUGCCAAGGGUUGAAAAGGCAGCUGUGACCUUGAAAAAGUCCAUACUCAUAGCUCAUAUCCAAACCUCUUACACCACACCUAACACAAUCAGUUUGCAGUGAAUGUUUUUAAUGUUUUCAUGCAAUGAGGAAACUCUACAGUAGACUUCUAAAUAUGGGCUCACCGUUCUGAAAUGUUGCACAUGUUGAUUAACAAUAAUGUAUUAUCUAAAUGUCUGCCCUAAUUAUUCAUUCAAUUUUUAUUCUCAGCAGAGAAAAAUGGCAGUGAAAAUAUGUAUAGUAUAUUUUUUAAAUAAUUAGAUAUUAGCAUUAUGAAUAAAUGGAUCUAGAACAUAGCCAUUUAUAAAAGAUGAUUGAUUAAUGCUAAGGUUGACAUCUGAGGACUAAUGA